AUGCCUUUUGUGUGUGAAAGACCGAGAGAACCUUCUCCAGAUGAUUCGUUUGUUCGGCUGCUAUAUACAACUUGCACCGCAACCGGCAUCCAAGUCAAAUGGCGGAAUCUGAAGCUGAUGAAAGCCUGUACUGCUCUUUCCUCUCUUUCACCCACAACGACGACGACGACGGAGACGACGCUCCUCACCCAUAUCGCCUCCCAGACAGCUUCCAACAUCGACCUUCUCGUCGCCAACGGGUACCUCACCCAAGCAGAAGCAGCCAGUGCAGCGAAAACUAUCCCCUCUCCAGUCAACAACAGCACAGGCGCCUCACCAUCCGUCGUCCAAGCCAAAGCACUCUGGGCAUACAACCUCGACCCCGACGACCUCUCCUUCGCAGCAGGCGACAUCAUCACCGUCAUCGAGGAGACCAACGCGGACUGGUGGCUCGGCGAGCACAACGGCUGCAGGGCCCUCUUCCCCGCGAAUUACGUCGAGAAGAUCACCGUGCCCGCGCCUGCAGCUAGGACCCUCCCUCUAGUGUAUAUCCCACCUACGGGUGGUCAAGCCGUCCCUCCAGCUCCCGUUGCGACGCAGAAGAAAGAGUACAAGCCCUUCAUGGAUGCCCAUCCAGGCGCCAACGUCCCUCCGCCCCCUGGAUCGAGUACGAACUCUGUUGGGCUCCAGCAGGAUCCCGGACAGGACGGGAAGAAGAGCAAGUUUGGGAAGUAUGGGAAUACGACAGUCGAAGUGGAAGUCCAGCUUGCCUCGUUCUCGGUUUUUUGAAUCUACUUCUUCCCUCAGCCUCCUCCUGUGUUCCAUGUCGAUUCGACAGGGACGUCUUGGCUUCCUCGAUCAGUUCAAGUGCCUGUUCACAUUCCUUGGUGUCCGUAUCAGAGCAAAGGCGUGUUUUUGUCUCGACGUAGUCGUUAUAUGUUUCC